GAACUCAGAUUCGUCUAGGUUUAAUAUUGCUUUCGGAAAUAUUAGUUUUGAUGGUGAUUCAUUACCGGAGUUUAGCGAAUUUGAUUCAGAGUCUGUCGUUGAGGAUUACCAUCGUCAAAGUUGAAUUUUCCUGUGUGCCUUUGUAAAACUACCAUCACUAAUAUAAAUCUCAGCUCGACCUUCCGAAGACAAGAUGGCUCCCACGACUACGAUUGAAACCAUCACAAUAACUCGCCCACUUAAGGUGAUAGCGUUCAUAUGUGGACUGAUAGUGAUAAUACUGCUGAUCAUGGCGUUGGCGUCUACAGAUUGGCUGAUGGCAGCAGGCUACAGACAGGGACUGUUCAACCACUGCAUUGGCGAGCACGCUCCCACACCGCUGCCCUUCCACAUCCAGGACAAACGCGGCGAAUGCCACAAGAGUCGUGACAUGACAUAUAUAAAGGUGGCGGCAGCUUUGUGUAUCGUAGCGCUCAUCACAGACGCCAUCGCUACACUGCUAACCGGUCUUGGUCUUAGAAGCAAGGACCACCGCACCAAGUACAAGUACUACAGAGUAGCAGUCUACGUCAUGAUUGCCUCUUUGGUGGCGACACUGCUCGCCCUGGUCGUCUAUCCAGUCUGUUUCGCUGCCGAACUCACUGAAGAUAAAGUUCACUAUGGAGUAACUCAUUAUAGUAACAGACAAGUGUGGGAGUUCGGCUGGGCGUACGGCGUAGGCUGGGGCGCCGCCAUCUUUCUGUUUGGCGCGGUGGUCCUCCUGCUGUGUGACAAGGAGUCCGAAGAGAUCUACUACAAGGAACGCAAGGUCCAAGCCUAGUGCAUUCAAGCCCUGCCUGAUGUGGUGCUAUAACAUUAGGCAGGGGGUCGCGUGCUGCCACGGCCUCGUCAACACUGAGUCACUGGGUUCGAAUCUAAAUCAUGUCUUUGUAACUAUCACAAUAGGGCUGAACUGACAGUUUGUAAGCUUUGAAGGAUUUUAUCAAGUGGGAUGGCUUAGGACGGUAACAGUUGUUACAAUUGAGGUGAAAGUUAUGAGUACAGUCGGUUGUGUUCGUCUGAAAUAUGAAUCAUGAACAUCAAGGUUAACAUAAGGAAGGUGUUGAUUAAGCUGUCACACGUUGAUUCUUGUGACUCUAAAAAUAACUUUUCUGGAGGGAGAAAUAAUCCCCUCCAGACUGGUUAGACUGGGGGACUGGUUAAGGUGUUUGUUUUCAAAUUUUAUUUUUUUUUAUAAAAAAAUAGUUAUUUUUGUACGAUUAAAACGAGUUAAAGCACAGAUAUUGAGAUGAGUUAAGAGGUUACUGAUUGUUCUACCAAAUUCUAAUAAAGGGAAUAAGUAAUGUAAUUUAUUAAAUUCAUUCAUGGAUACUGGCAAUGCAGCAUGUUAAAUUAAACUCAGUCAAAGAAAUAAUCUUCCAUAACAUGUGUAUCUUCUUUUACUAGUACUACUUUUACUACUUUUCUUGUAUAGAAAAAAACAUGCACCAGAAUUCAAAGCUUUAAAACUUUCAGAACAGAUAAACAGUACGGUAAUACAACUGUAAAUUUACUAAAAGCAUUUUUUACAAAAAAUUAUCAUAAGCAUGACAGCUUUAUAAGGUACUAUUAGCUGGUUUAUGAAACUUUACAAAACAUCCGAGCAUUAUCAGAGUUUAUCGUCUAAAAUAAUUACGGCUUGAAAAAUAAUCGAAAACAUGUUCUAAGCUACCUAGUUACCCAUUUUAAGAAUCCAAAGAUACAUGUUUGAAUUCAUGAACAGUAUUCAAAAAAAUGUUCAAUCAUUACAUUGUACUUAUACAAAACAAUUGAUACUGAACAAGACCCGUCGACUUCCCAGUGACUUGAUAUGGUAAGGCCGUGACAGCAGUGCUCACUCUAGAACGACAUAUCGACCAUGUAGUGUUCAAAGGUUGCUCAAAACUAUGAGCAUGUGACAGAUGCUCAUAUGUGAAAACAAUUUUUCAAAUUUUUUUACCCAAGGAAAGUUUUUAGUUUUCACCAGUGAUAUUUAGUUUCUUUUCUGGUAAUUUUUCUCCUGUCGAUCUGAAAUUCUGACACAAAAGUUUUGCGUGCGUACUUAACAAAGCACAUAAUCGUAAGUCCAAAACCAAACCACUGUUCGAAAGUUUAACUUUGUCAAAGUGGAACUAUUUUUUCAAAUCGGAAACCUUUGAGCACUGCGGGUUUUUUCCUGAUAGAGUCCAGAUGUAAGUAGACACUGUGUGAUAGUCCCUCCUAAGUUGUACAUAACCCUCAGCACAAAUCUAGAAUCUUGGGUUCGUUUCGGCUGAUAACUUUUUUUAACGAGUGAUUUACGAAAGUGUUUCAAAUUCUGAUUGUACAGAAACGGACUGUAUUUUAUAUGCCUGAUCAAUUACCAGUGUUUAUUACUGGCAGAUUUACUACGGUUUUAGCCGAUUUUUCUGUCACCGAAAAUUGUGUUCAAAUUCAGUGAAUUUUAGCCUCGUGGCUAUUUAGUUUUUGUGUGAACAAAUAAUUUAGUUUUCAUUCAAUGUAGUUAUGUUCAAAGUACAAAAUGUUCAGUUGUGAAUGUAAUAGAUUACAAUAGUGUAAUGUGCCACUAUGUAAACUACAAACUUUUAUCGAACAAAUUUCUCUUGGAAAUUACUUUCUUUGCUGAAUUCAUAAUGCAAGGGAGUUUGACUCUUAAGCUAUUAGAGUAUUACAUUUCAAUUUUCAGUAUCAUAAUUGUGUGAGUAUUCUUGUUUUAGCCGUACAUGAUUUUAAACGAGAUAUAGCCAAUGAAAAGUGAAUAAAAGCUGUUAGUUAUUUAUGGAGAUUUUAAAAUAUUUGUUAUUGUUAUGCAAAAAUUAGUCAAACAGUUUCAGUUAGUUAGGAAUGUAUAACAUGUUAAACAAUAUUUACAAGCCUGAAAUUUUACAUUGUUAGGAGUGAGAGUGUUUUGUUUUUGGAAAUGGUUGUGUACACCUACUCAAGUACCUCGUUCGAAGUUAUUUUUUUUAUGUAAUGAAACAAAAAUAAAGUUAUGUUAAGUAAUAAUACGACUCCCUCUAAUCAGCAAAUUAUUUGUACAAUGUGUAUGUUUAAAAAUAUCUUUUCAACUUCAUGAAAAUAGAGUAAAUAUUUAGCUCACUCCAAAUCAUCAGGUUGUGUAAAUAAGUGGAUUAUUUAUUACUCAAAGAACAAAUCUAUAAGAUAUUACUUUUGCAAUAAUGUGAUAUUUUGUGUUCCUGUGUAUAUAUAUAGGUACAAUUAUUUUUGUGACAUGAGUUGAAUUUUAGAAAAGUCAUGACUACUUUAUAGUUUACUAGCUGUACCCGCGGGCUUCGCCCCGUUUAACUUCAUAAGUAUUCGCAUGGCUCAUUCACGUCCUGGUUGAAGUUCGUUCGCUACGCUCACUCACCUUUAGGUUGGAGCUCGUUCGCUGCGCUCACUUGCAUUCCGGUUAGCUCGUUCGCUACGCUAACUCGCCUCCUGGUUGAAGUUCGUUCGCUACGCUCACUCACCUUUUGGUUGGAAAUUAGCUGUUGUCAUAUAUUUAAAAAAAAAUUAAUAGUGCUGCACCCUGUUGGUAAUCCUUUUAACUUUUAUGCUAUUGAACAUCAUAGAACAGAACCAACUUGUUUAAUUGAAACAGCUGUUAACAUUCAUUAAUUCCUUUUAAAUAUGAAAAAUCAUAAGAUUAACAUGGGGAACUACAGAGCCACUGGGGCGGAGCCCGAAAGGGUUUUUGAGAUAAGAAUAUGCUUUAAUGUUAAUCGGGAAUGUGAGCUAUUAUCAUGCAAAAUUUCAGCCCAAUCCGUCCAGUAGUUUAUGCGUGAUUGAGCAACACACACACAAACACACACACAAACAUACACACAAACAUACACACAAACUCACAAACUUUCAGAUUUAUAAUAUUAGUAAGAUGUACACUAGAAAGGAAUGCACAAUUUUCUCAAGGUUGUCAAUAUUUUGGCUGCUACUCAUGUAUUAUUUUUAACACUGUACAUUCAAAAAAUUGUAAAACACUUUCCUGAACUACUCGUAUGUGUUUCGAGUUGUAUGAGUUCCAAAAUACUAAUUAUUGAGAAAUUUUAAAUCAAUAAGUAAUUUAUUAUUUGAAGAUGGUAUUUUAUCCAAGAAAGGUGAUAUUUUUUAUAGGGAGACAGUGUGAAGAAAUAUGACAGACAAAUAGUAAUGCUGGUUAACCAUAUUACUGCCCAGUUUAACGGACACUUGUUUAAAGGUGAAAGAAUACUGGAUUGUAGUAGAUUGUUAGUCUCUGUCGCUGAUUGGUCUUUAUUGAGAUCAGCUCUGCCGCUAUUUCUAGACGUUGAUUACAGGUAUUUGUUAUUGUAAACAUUAUUUUAUUUGCAUUUACAUAAACUUGCAUCCAUAAUCAAUUUUGUUUCAAAAUGUUUAAAAUGAGUUAAAGCUCAGUUUAUCCAACACCUGUUUUAAGGGUAAAGACUUUAUGAAUUGCUAAACUAUCAAUAUUUAACUGUUGUGUAUGUAGUAGAGACAAAGCUUUAAUUUACGUUUCUUAAGCUUUUCAACGGUGGAGCUGCAAGGUUUUGUGGCUGUGAGUUUGGAGAUGGUUUUGCGAUCACGUAGAAUAAGAUUGUACAUAAAUCCUUCAUCAGUUCACCAAUGCUUUUAUACGAGAGCAAAUCAACAAAGUAUGAUGUUUUAUACUACAUUAAUUGUAAAUAAGUUUAAAAUAUCGUUUCGAUCAAAAAGCGAAAAAUAUCUAGGGAAAGUUACCUAAUGCCAAUUUUUCCACCUAUCACCAGUUACUGUACCAAAUGUUUAUCCAUUGUUGUUUGUAGCUUUUACUACAAACGUUUAUUUAUAGAUGUUAUUAUUUAGUUUAUACUUCUACUGUCAAUCUCUAUGCAGAUCGUUUUAUUUAUUUCAUUCCUAAUAUUUAUUUACUGUAAACAACUUACAGUGCUUCCUGUCACAGCUCUUAUUUGAUAUUACUCUUAUUUGAUGUCCUAUCUUCGUUAGUUUAUUAUUUGGUGUUGUUAAAUUUUGACGCACAAUUGUAUAUCUGUAUGAUAAUAUAUGAAUAAGUGUAUUUUAGUUGACCCAAUGUUGUAAUAAUGUAGCAUAUUAUUUUAACCUCAGAUUUUUUAAAUUUAUUUAUUUGUGUACACUUUUGCCUUCCAAUAAGCUGGACCUUCAAAGAAUAAAAAUUAACAAAUGCUAAUAA